UUGGUUCGGUUUAUUCGGUAACAAAACAAUAUCGUAUUGACAAUGACAUAAAUACAAUGCUGCCAGUAUAAUUAUUAAUAUGUCUUCACACACUAUCAGCCAUAUUUAUAAUAUACUACUCUUUGCUAUCAACUAAAUUUUGCAUUGCAUCAUUUUAGUCAUAUAAAAAUUUGGUAUGAUAUGAUAUGAUAAGAUAAUGGUUGGAUAAUGGCUUCACGCAUGCGAUUUGUAAAGGGGCCCACUGAUUACCAGAUCGCCGGACGAUAUAGGACUGUCAGUAAUUAGGCGGGUCCACACAGAACGAGCAUAAGUAUAGACGUGCCUCGGCCGAGACGGUGCGCGCGUUUUCCUCGCCUGAGCGCGCGUAUCCCUAUAUAAUUAACGCCUUAUGUACUUAAAUAUUAAGUUAGGUACGACUAUUUAAUUCUUAGUAGAAAUAAGUUAAGACAAUGUUGUAUAUAUUUAAUUCAGAAUAUUACAUGUUAUGUACUAGUCCUACUGUUCAUAAACUACCUAGAUGUAAGAUUAUUUGCAAUGUCCUAACAGGGUGUCAUGUGUUUUCACACUCUUUAAAAUAUGUAUCAUGGUUUCGCAGUAAAGAUUUCUAUUCUAAAAAAAAAAUUGCCUCGAGCGUAUACUCGCUUUGUGUGGACCCGCCUAUUCGCGAUUGUCAACUUUUGCGAUAUCGCCCGGCGAAGUGGUAAUCAGUGGCCCCUUAACACAUUAUAGCAUUUGAUCGAUCCAUUGCUCGUAAAAUCGUACGCCAUUUGUUGCAAGGUCUGUAGAAGCCUUAAAAGUAACUGUCACCAGGUUGAUGGACUAAAAAAAAAUUCGCUAGGUAGGUUGUCAUGACAACCAAAUAAAAUACACAAAAUAUUUAGUCAUCUAUUGGACAUAAUAUAUAAGAAAUAGCAUUUUACUUCCCGUCCAAGUUUGACGAAGCUGGAAUUAAGUUAUGUACCUAAUUUGGAACUAGACCAUAAUGACUUUGUACAUCGACAGUAAACUGAACUUUACUGACAGCAAUGUUGUGUCAACUCUGGGUUCCUGGCAUCCAUCCUUGCCUCUCUUGGCUUUAGGUUCGUAUAACCAAGAAAAAGGAGGCUUUGUGACAAUAUUUCAUGAAAAUGGACUGGCAUUAGAAGGCUGUGAAUGGCCAAUAUUACUUUCAAAUCAAGUAACAGCAAUGGCUUGGCAUCCAACCAGAAAGCUACUAGUAGUUGGUUGGGAUGGAGGUGAGCUUUACAUCUGGCUUGAGUACUCUUGGGCGCGCCUUGAAGCACCCCACAAUGCUGCUUUGACCACGGUUGCCUUUAGCCUGGGAGGUGGUCGAUUGCUAGCCGCAGAUGCUGCUGGCUCUCUAUCUGGUUGGCAAUCAGCCUCGGGAGCACCUUUAACUUCUUUCCACCAUCAACUUGGUGAUGUUAUUACCCAUGUAACUUUUUGUCCUGUUCGCCCAACUGGGGAGACUUCUAUAAGAGGAUUAGCUAGAGCUGCAGUAGCUGGUGAUGAGAAUGCACUAGAUGCACUGGCUGCAUGGAGACCUCGGACAACUGCCAGGAUGAGAGAGGGCUCCCAGCCAGACAAUCAUGCGUGCUAUGCAGCACAAGAUAAUGGAGCCAUUUUAUAUAUUGACCAUGCCGGUUCUUGUUCAGAGGUUCUUAACGCUCCAGGAAAUAUAAUAUUCAUGGGCAUGAUAAGCAAUGUUUACCUAUUAAUAGCUUGGGAAAAUGGCGGAGCUCUAAGCUUGACAAGAUUCAUCACCUCUGAUGAUGGGAAUAUCACUACAGAUACACAUGUUAGAAUGGCAGCCAGGAAUGGCCAAGCAAUAGUUCUUACUGGUAAUUAUUGUGUAGCUGUUAUAACUGGGGACAAUUUAAUAAGAGUUUGGGACAGUGAAAAUGGAGACAAUGAUGUGUUGCCAAAUGAAAAUGAUGAGGUUGUUGCAGGGGACAUAUUCACCAGUAUUAGCUACUGCAAUUUAAGUGAUACUUUAUGCUGUGGGACAUCCCAAGGCAACUUAUAUUUUUGGAGGAGAGAUCACAGAAACCAUUGGAAGUUAAUAAGCAGUACUAGUAUAAAAGGGACUGUGAAAGAAGUCAGUUGGGGAUCUGAAGGUCUGAUGAAUCCUCUGCUGCAUGUUAACUGUAUAACCAGUGUAUUUAUCCUAAGAGAGCAGCCGGUGUGUUGGGGUUACACACCAAAUGUUUGGAUGGUACAAAAAUCUGCCUAUGAAAUUGCUAUUACCAAUAAAAUGGAGCUGACAGCUAGUAUUAAAACUCAGGUCACUGUCAGAGCUUUUGCAUUUAAAGAUCAAUAUGUAGCUCUUGGAGAUGGAAAAGAAGUACAGGUUUGGAUGUGCAGUAAAGACAAUGACAUAAAAUUUUCCCUCGUGCGCUCAUUCCCGUGGAAAACAGAUGUUCUCAUAUUAAACAAUGAUGUGUUGGUGGGCGUGGUUAAUCCCCACAUCGAAUGCUACUCCGUCACUGGAAACAACUUGGGUAUUCUUCCGAGCACUGAGGGUGAAGGCGAACCUAUUGGAGUCACAUAUACGGGGAAAUUUAUUGUUAUAGCGACAAUGGAUGGCACUCUUAAACUCGCAGAGAUAACAAAAAAAGGACUUAGAAUGCCUUAUCCCCCUAAAAAUUGCUAUCAAAUGAUCGAGGACUUUGGCGAAGUUAUGAGAGCUUCAGUUAAUUGCAGUGGAAGAUAUAUUUGCUUGAGCAUUGCUAAUGCAGGCCUAGCACCUGAUCCAACACUAUACUUAUGGGAUGCAGCGAAUGAUGUCAUAACGAGUACGGUUCUUUCCGACAGUCAAGCACCGCCUUACCAAAGUGUACCAAUAGCCAUCGUGUGGGAUGGUAAUGACCAAAGAAUUGUCGCUGUCCACAUGCGAUCGGCUGAUGUGGACCGAAUUCACUUAUUCUUCUGCCACGAGGGGAGCCUUUAUGAGUACAGGAACUGGUGUCCGAAUUCUGAGGAAUACUUUAUGUCCGACUUUAUGUUGUGUUCUCUCUAUACUCCUCACGUCGUAAUUCUAUCUCAACAGAGUAUCAAAAAAAUAUUAAUGCAUGAAUUCGAAGAGUCUACUAAUGAUGCUACGAAUGUGAAACAAACCCUUGACUUUUUAUAUUGUAUGACGGCCGGAAACUUGGAAAAAGCAGUUAUUGUGGGAACAAAUAUAACGGGGAGUAGAAGUUCUGUGAUUUGGGACAGUUUAGCCAAAGAAUGUGUGGCUCGUAGAAGACCAGACGUGGGGGCUGUAUGCUUAAGCAAAAUGGGAAACAUAAAGGGAGCACUGAUGAUGCGUAAAGCCAUGAAUGGCAAUGAUAUGGACGAGACCUGUCAGAUCGGCGUACUGGCUAUCAAUCUAGGUAUGCUAGAAGAAGCCGAAAAGUUCUUUAGAGAGGCCGAACGACCAGAUCUAAUCACGCGUCUUGUGUCGGCAAAAGAAGGUGGUCUCCAAGAGAUAACAAAUGGCAGUGAUGAGGGAGAGAACAUUCUGCUUAUCAAAAGUGCUCAGCAUAAAUUGGCGAAGAUUAUGUGGGCCAAUGGGGAGACUAAUGCGGCGUUAAAAUUGUUUGAAAGCGCUGGGACGUUGGUGCCACAUGUGCCUAGAAUGCUGAUAGCUCAAGGCCAAGCGUCCGUGCUAGCACAGUACGUAGCUAAUUCUAACGACACGAAUCUCAUAAUGUGGUGGGGUCACUAUCAGGAAAGUAUAGGGGAGCUGGACGGCGCCCUGGAUGCCUACGCUCGCGCGAACGACUUUGGGGAGCAAACGCGGCUGUUAUGUCACAUGCACAGGAUUGAAGAGGCUGAGAAGUUGUGCAAUAAGCACCCGGCAGCCAUGUAUCAAAUGGCGCGAUAUUUGGAGAUGCAACCGGACCAGAUUGAGACUGCAGUAAAGCUAUACAUAAAAAGCGGGGCUGUAGCGUCUGCCAUUCGCGUUGCGGCGGAGGCGAGCGCGUGGCACCUCGUCUGGCGCGCCGGCUCCGCCUCGACCACGCACGCGCUGCACGCUGCCACGAUACUGGAGACUGCCGAACAGAGUGAGCAAGCCAUCGCCCUGUAUCAGAAGGCCGGGAAGCCGCACAUGGCGUUGAGGUUGGCGCUGGGCUGCGGCGACACGAGCGCCAUGCUCGCGGCGGUGGAGUCCCUCGGAGAGCGAGUAGAGCCAAGCCUAGCGCGCAAACUUGCCGCGCACCUGCGCCGCGCCGAGCACCACUCGCAUGCCGCCGCGCUGCUUGCUACCGCCGGGGAGUACGAGGAAGCGCUGGACAUAGUGGAGCAAUCCUCGGCACCGCUGACCGAGGAGCUGGCUGAGCGGCUAGCGGCGCCGGCGGGCGCAGCGGGCCGGGAUGCCUUGCUGCGGCGGCUGGCGGACGUGCUCGGCGCGCGCGGCCUGUACCACCACGCGGCCAAGCGACUCGCCAGCACCGGCGACAAGGCGGGAGCAAUGCGAUGGCUCAUGCGCUCCGGCGACGCGGACCGCAUCGCCACGUUCGCGGCGGCCACGCGCGACCGCGCCGCGCAGCUCAUGGCCGCGGACUACCUGCGCAGGCACGCCGCCUGGCGCGCGCGCGCCGACCUGACGCGCCACGUCCUGCACUUCUACACCAGGGCCAAGGCGCACGGGAAACUGGCGGCGUUCUACGCGGAGUGCGCUAAGAUGGAAGUGGACGAGUAUGGCAAUUUUGAGAAAGCGUUAGAAGCGCUCAAAGAAGCUACUAGAUGCUUAUCAAAAACAUCGGAUCCUGAGACAGGGUCUCAAAUAAUGGCGCUUCAAGAGCAGACUACACUUGUGAAGAAAUUUUUGGAUUUGAAGAAACUUUUGGAAUCCGGAGAAACGAAUGCCGGAGUGGCGAGCGGUCAGCAGUUGCUAAGAGCGUUAAGCGGACGCCCUGGACUAGUCACUGAGGAGAAAGUCCUCAAGUUAAUGGUUGAGUUCGCACCAAGCCAUCCUGAUAUCCCAACUUUUGAGAAACAAUUACAAAAGUUGACCCAGCAACCUCAAGAAGACACCCAGUCGGUUGAUUCAACGGAUCAGAGUAUAGAGGAACUAAUUUAAUUACAAAAAGGCGCAAAUUAAACAGGAAAACGCGCUCUUUACAUAUACAACGAACGACACAACGAGACUGCUAGUGUCAUAAGUACGAUUCCCACCAAACAGGCGGAGUCGGGCCGCCUCGGAGCGCAUUUCAAAUUUGUACGGCCGAGCCGGUCGUCUCCUGGCGGACGCGGACGGCUCCGGACGGUCUCCAUCGCAUCUGUCAUACAUAAUGUAUAGGCGCAUUGAAAAUGCGCUCCGACGCGUCCCGACUCUGCCCGUUCGGUGAGAAACGUGCUUUCGUGAAUGUGAGUUCUUAAAGGAACCAUCCGACGGCCCGAUACGAAGAAUGAUUAAGACACGUUUAAGAUCUUGGAAAGAUCUUUAAAAGAUCGAUAACUAAACGACAUGUCAAAAUUGACGUUUAUUUCGAUUCCGCUGUUAUCCCAAUAAGAUCUAUCUACGAUAUUUCUAACGUCGAAGUGACAUUGGUUGCCCGAAUCGAGCUGCUUCUGUCAAUUAUACGACAUGGAAACGAUAUCUAAAUGAGAACUUAUCUAAACCAGAACUUAUCAUUAUCGUAUCUCAAUCUCAUUCUUCAAAUCGGGCCGCUAGAGUUAUUUAUUUGAAGGAAUAGUAAUGUAGUUAAUAAGUUUAAAAUCCGUCUAUUUAAAUUGUGGAAACAAUCCGUCCGUAAUGUACCUAACUAAAUGAAAUAAAAAUAAAAUGUUAUAAAAUACGA